AGUAGUUUAGAUUUGGGUUCAGCUACCUGCAACAAAGAUAUAUAAAUGUUGGACAAUUUAGCCAAUGAUGUGGAGCACAGUUUCUCUCUGGUCCUUUUGGCAGAUGACAAAAUUGUGAAAGGACGGCAGAAAUACAAAUAUAGAACAUUACAAUCUAGGGACACCCAUUUAUGCUUCACAGUCGAGUUGCAAUAGAGAAAUUACAAUACGAGAUAAAACGUAUUAGAAGCUUUUGACUACAAUUACAUCAAGGAAUUCAGGUAGGGCUGGGGGAUGUUUUAGUCAACUGAUCUGAUGGCAGCUGGUUUCAGAAUACAUUGAAAAAUUGAUGCUAACAUCUAAGAACACCACUUGCUGAAAAGGGAUUGCAGGCAGGCACUCAGUUCAGGCACUAGGGAGGCUGAUUCAUUUUGUCGACUGCUGCAUUUCAAAUUGAGGGAAAUCCAUGAUGGACUCUCUUUAAGAAAAGUGAUUAUAUAAAUCAGCUUUGACUAACAUGGUGUUCUUCAGACAUCUGGGACCAAAUUUAAUAGUUCACAAGCCUUCUUAACUUGGGGAUAACUGAAGAUGAACCUUUCUGAAGAGCAAUCUGUUUAGGGAAGAUGAGUAAAUUCUUUCCUCUUUAUCCAAUUAAUUUCAUGCAAUGCUACAGAGACUUAAGUGGAACUCUGGAUGCAGUGUAUCGUUCUGGGGUCUGUGUUAUUUUUCUUCCUCUUUUUAGUAAAAAUGGUUGUAACUGUUUUUCAGUUUGCUGGAUGCUGGAGACUCUUAAAUUAGGGCCUUAUCCCUAUGGGGGCUCAGCGACUAUCUGCUGCAAAUAUAGAAAAGGGGAUGAAGAAGCUGUCAAGUAUUGGUGCAAAGAAGAACGAUUUAGAUUCUGUUCUCGUAACCGUACCAUCCGAACAACCGGAUCAGAGAAAGAGGUGAAGCAGAAUGGCAUGUCCAUCAAAGACAACCACGUACUUCGUGAAUUCAGGGUGGUCAUGGAGAACCUCACUCACAACGAUGCUGGGACUUACCUAUGUGGGGUGGAGAGAAAAUAUGACACCUGGCAGCCGGUGGAACUAAUCGUUAUUGCAGAUGAUGUUUCCACACCUACAUCUAGAAACAAAGACAAUAAAACAGUAGAACCAAGUGAACCUCCGUUAUCUCCUGAAAGAAAUCUUGAUUUUAUCCUGCUCAUCUUGAAAAUACCCAUCUUUUUAACUAUGCUGGCUGCUAUACUUUGGGUGCAUAUAUGGUACAAGAGAGGAAAACACCCCAGUGUCCAAAUUUCAGAGUCAGAAGGAGCAAAAGGAUAACUAAUGACUUCAUUUCAUUCAAUUGCAUCAUUAACUUCCAGAUUUUCCAGUAGCUGUCUCUUUCUCACCUUGGAGAGGAUCAAGAACCUGACCUGCUGAUUUCAUACCAAGAAGUUUCAUGAGUGCUCUAAUAAUGAUGGCUGUGGCCAGGAUCUUCCCAACUACCUUACAAAAGACCAGAAGAGAAGAAGAAAAACUUUGGUUAAUUUACAUCAUUCAAUGGUAAAUCAGCAACACAAACCAGAGAAAAUACAUAGCUGAGGUUGAAACCUUCACUCUUCUUUGUCUAUGCUUAUGCUUAGCCUUCUUAUCGCCCUCUUUCAUCUCCUGGACAUACUUUACAUGGUCUGUAGCUCAAAGGUGCUUUUUCAAAAGGCAACUGGGCUGUUUUUUCCCUUGAGGAAGAAAAUGUUUCACUUCUCAUCCAGGAAGCUUCAUCAGUUCUGAGUGGAUGGUGAGGGGGGAAUGGAAGAAUUAUCAGAACUAAUCCUUCUAGGAACUAAUUUCCUCCACCACCACCACCCCAAUAUCCAGCCCAAACUGAUGAAGCUUCUUGGAUGGGAAGCAAAACAUCUUUUUUCUUCCUCAAGGAAAAAAAAUAUAUAGUCCAGUUGCCUUUUGAAAAAGCCCAUUUGAGACAGCCAUAACCUGGAUGACCUGAAAUCUCCAUAGACAUGGACUGUAGCUGCCUUCUCAAUAACUGAACUACAAUUCCCAGCAUCCAUCACCAUCACCAUUCAUCAUUUAGCUAGGGAUGCUUAUAUAAGUAAAUGUAUUACAUUUUCAACCUCCAAGGUCUACCAGCAGGAUUUAUUAGGUCAGAUGAAUUCUUAAAUCUAUUCCCAAUAGUUACAAUUGCUGAAACAUUUGCUUUCUGAUUUAAUACAGGAGAGAAAAACAAUUUAGGGUCCACAGAGCCAUCUAGGCAAGGUUGAGGAGAGCCGUGGUAGUCCAUGGUAGCCCAAAAUCUGAUAUGGUAACUGUUGCAUAUAGGGACGUGGUGGCUUAGUGGGUAAGACACUGAGCUUGUCGAUCGAAAGAUUGGCAGUUCAGCGGUUCGAAUCCCUAGUGCCGCGUAACGGGGUGAGCUCCCGUUACUUGUCCCAGCUUCUGCCAACCUAGCAGUUUGAAAGCACGUAAAAAAUGCAAGUAGAAAAAUAGGGACCACCUUUGGUGGGAAGGUAACAGCAUUCCGUGCGCCUUUGGCGUUGAGUCAUGCCGGCCACAUGACCACGGCGAUGUCUUCGGACAGCGCUGGCUCUUCGGCUUUGAAACGGAGAUGAGCACCUCCCCCUAGAGUCGGGAACAAGUAGCACAUAUGUGUAAAGGGAACCUUUACCUUUACCUUUACUGUUGCAUAUGUUUAUGUGAACUACAGCUGCCUGAUGAGCUACAGCAGAUGAAAUGAGCUGUGUCUCACGAAAGCUUGUGGCACUUAAUAAAAUGUGUUUGCCUAUCAGGGUCCUGACAGAGCCAUUUAGUGAUAGAAAAAAACACGUAUCUACAUUUGUAACAGAAAGUUCUUUAAAUAAAUUUGGCUUUGCUGUUUUUUUGUUUUUUGUUUAAAUAAUAAGUGUAUUUAUAUCUGGAAAUAUCCUUGCUAUCUACUGACCAUAUAUCAUUGUGCACCAAUACAGCAAUUGUUGUCCCUAUCUUUGCCAACUUUUGCAGUUGUUUCAAGAGAAAGAGAUUAGCACUAUAGGUAGAAAGUGGGGGGGGGGGUGAGUGACAACACAAUGGAACUGCUGUUCUUGCUUACUCCUGGGCUACUCUUGCCAGAUAAGAACAAUCAAUAUAGCUCAUUGCAUCCUAGGCUCCAUUUCCCAUACAGUCUAAAUAAAUAUAUGUAAAUAUAUGUAUUCUGUACAGUAGAUGUCAGAAUCCUAAUGUGUGUUGAAGAUGACAGAUAAUCUAAAAAAAUUGUCAGUAGAAGACAUAAAUGGCAGUAAUAACAAUGGUAGUAGUGCAAAUGAAUUGUAACGUCAUCACCAUCAUCAUCAUGGGAUAUUUACCAGUAAAUUGCAAGUUCAGUCUUUUCCAAACUAAUUCCCUCCAAAUGUCUAUGGAGAGUCUCGGUCAUCUAGGUCUUGGUUGUCCCAAAGGUGUUUUUUCAAGAGGCAACUGGACUUUCUGGUUUUUCUUUUUUUGUUUGAAGACAUUUUGUUUCUCAUGCAAGAAGCUCCAAGCUCCAAGACUUUCGCUUGGAGAAACGAAAGUCUUCAAAGAACAAAAUAGAAUAGAAUAGAAUAGAAUAGAAUAGAAUAGAAUAGAAUAGAAUAGAAUAGAAUAGAAUAGAAUAGAAUAGAAUAGAAUAGAAUAACAGAGUUAGAAGGGACCUUGGAGGUCUUCUAAUCCAAUCCCCUGCUUAGGCAGGAAACCCUACACCAUUUCAGACAAAGAAAAACCAGGAAGUCCAGUUGCCUCUUGAAAAAGCACUUUUGGGGUACCCUCCAAAUGUUUUGGACUAAAGUUCCUACAAACAUUCCCAAGAAAAUUGCAGGGACCUGUCCAGACAGUCAGCCAGAGUCAAAACUAUUAAAACUAUUAAAAAGAGCAUAGACAAAGUGACAAAGUAUCACUGCAAUCAUACCAUCCAUAAAUGUACAUAUGUAAUCUACUGAUUACAUCAGAUAAUGUUGAGCUUUCUGGAAACAUCAGAAACAUUUGUUUUCACAAACUCUAAACCUGAGCACUGGCCCCAGUGGGUUUCACGCUGAAUGUUAUGAGGUGUUUCCAGCUGAUAGAUUUUUUUUUCACUGGAUCGUUUGGAAAUGAGUGGCUAGGAAGAUGACAAGAUGGCAAGAUUGAGCUGUUCGAAUGAACCAGGUUUAGGCCAUUUUCUUUGAUGAUAACAUCAUCACUCACGAAUCAAUCCAUUUUUCCCCUGUACUAGAUUGAUAUUUCUAGUGAGCUCACUAACCUCAGAAGUCAAUAGAAUUUGUCAGCAGUUAUUUCGCAAAUAACGAUUCCAACGAUACUUUUGGCUCUUUUCUGCACACCUCAAUUCCAACACAACCUGCUCAAAAAGUCUCCAGAGAUAAUCACACCGCUUUCUCAAUGGCAGCACUCAUAUCAAUUCCUGCCCCUCAAAAAUAGUUGAUAGUUUGUGCUUGCAGAGCAAUGAACCAGAAGGUUGGAUUUGUCCUGACAUACUAAUGGUGGGUUAAAGGUUGAAUUGAAUUUGCUGGACAAGUAGUCUUUUGAGGUGAAACAAAUCUCACCAAAUACUUGCUAAAUCUCUAAUGCAGAAUGGCUAGCUGGGGAAUUCUGGGAGUUGAAAUCCACAAGUCUUAUAGUUGCCAAGAUUGGACACCCCUGCUCUACUAGGAGUGCUAUGCUUAGUUGUUGAUAGCACCUUACCGCUAAUCACUGACAUUUGUGUGUGUGCAUAUGUAUGGUAUGUUCUCGAUCAGCUCAUACAAAUCUAGGUUUGAGCAACUUGUGGGUUGCACACAUCCUUCCCUACCUUCAAAUUUUGAUUCCAGAAUACCUUGAGUCUGUCAGAGUCUGUCAAAUAUCAGAUGGCUUCAAGGAUGACCUAUAAAAUGGCCCCACCCUUGCAACUCACCUCUGAAAAAUGAACUAAAAAUGGGUAGCUCUGUCUUUGGCUCCUAAAAUGUCUCCUACCUAGACUGAAAAUAUUUCCUGUCCACAAACUAUAUUAUAGUUACAAUAGUCUAAAAUACUGUUUCUCAAUCUUUUGGAAUCCGUGUCACCUUUUAAUAAAC